GCAGUUAAAAAAUAGAGUCUUGUGUGUUUUGGUUCAGUCAUCGAUAUGGAUGUGUAUCAAGAAGUAGGUGUACCGGAGUUUGGUGCUCCUUGGCCCGCCAUGACGAUGCCCGAACAAGGAGUGAUUGGCCAAUUUACCAUUUUCUUCGCGCUUUUUCUUGGAGGACUAAAGGAUUUUCUCUUCUCUCUAGAAGAGGAAUGGUUUGGAGCAACCCAUCCUGGAGUGGGAUGGCAGCUCACUCUCCCUGCUGCCCUGAUUGUUCUUGGUGUGAUAUUACUAUGGAGGACCGUCCUUGCGAUCAAAAGCAGGCUACGUCUAUUUGAAGGACUAUGACGCGCCAGUGAAAAGGUUGCGGGCAUGCCUGCAGUCCUCUCAGGAGGAUAGUCAGGAGCUGGAGGAUAUGAAGAAACAAUGGGACAUCAGAGCUGGAGAAAUGGAGGCAUUUCAUCUCCAGCUCCAGGAGCGUGCUGAACGCAUACAGAAACUGAAAGCUGUUUGGGGACCGAUGGAACCACUUAAAGAGAAUCACAGUGGGGAUGCCAGGAUCCCUAGUGCCACCGACACCCAAUCUACCGUUACAGAUAUCAAGAGUGAGGAAAACAUUGAGAUCGAGGUCACUGUGAUGAAGAAUGCAACCUUAAUCAACACCACACUGGAGGAGGUGAACAGGGGUCUUCAGGACAAAAAUUGUCAGCUUGAAGAGAAGAAUGUCGCUCUACAUCAAAAACUCCACAGCACUGAGAAGAUGUAUAGACAGACUCUAAACGAGCUGACCAAAGCCCUGAUUCAAGGCAAACAUGAGGAAAAGCAACAUAUUGACACGCUACAAGAGAAAAUCCAGACCAUAUCUCGGAGAGCCUCUGCUGCUGAGCAUGCUCUGGCCAUGGAGAAGAAUGAGGCAGCGCUACUCCGCCAGAGGAUUUUUCAACUAACCUCAAAGAAGCUGAAAAUAGGAAAGCCUGGGUUCCUGAUCAAGACCACCCCCAAGCCCCCGAAAACAACCAAGACCAACAAACCCUUCUUGAAGACCUGCAAAUUUCUGAAAGCUUUCAAAGCACUAAUGAAGAUAUGAAGGCAAUGCAUACAAUUGUACAUUUUGUGCAAUUAUUCUCAGGACACGGGGUUAAGCAGAGUACAAUAAAUAAAUCCAGAUGCCUUAUUCCAUCAAACAACUGCAACACGUGUUUUAUGUCAUUUAUAUGGUAGGUCUCAUUAGAUAUCAUCCAACUCUUUAAAAAUGCCUUUGUAUGCAGAUUUCUGCUCUGUUGCCAUUAGGUAAGAUACAACUCCAUGGGGCUUACCUGCCAAGACCUCCAUGGAAGCCACAUAUCCCAUCAAUUACCAAAGCCAAAUGGUAGGCCUAUGAUGAAGUCUAUUUUCUAGGUCUCCAGGGCUAUUUUGGCGACGGGAAACCCCCACCUGAAGGUCGAUUUGUCCUCACUUUGCAACCCAGACUCUCUUUAGGGACCUGAGCUGUUCAAGAAACCUAGACAUCUUAACAGCUGUAGAUGGUUCACUUGAGUGCUUUGCGCUGAAGCACGAAAAUGACGAGUGGAAGAAUAGAUGUCCAUUGGAUAGCCGUGAA